AUGCCGGACAAGACGUACGAUGCAAUCAUCAUCGGCGGCGGUCCAAUUGGACUGGCAACCGCCUACGAGGUAGCAAAGGCGGGCGCUAGUGCCAUCGUCCUCGAGCAGAACAACUUCUUCAACCACGCAGGAAGCUCCAACGACCUCGCUCGCAUGUUCCGAACGAUGUAUACCGAGGACUUUAUGGCGGACCUUGCCAAAAAGGCAAUGGACCUUUGGGAUGACCUCGAGAAAGACUCAGGUACAUCCCUCAGAUUGAUGAGUGGCUUGUUGAACUUUGGAGACCCAAACUUCGGGGGCAGCACUCCAGAAGGAACGUUGAAUGGCCCAAUCAAGAACCUAGACAGACUUGGUAUGGCCUACAAAAAAUUAAAAGCUGGAGACAUUGAGGAGCGCUACCCAUUCAAAAACCUGCCCGGCGAUUGGGAGGGCCUCUAUGCACCUGAUAACGGCGUCAUUAAUGUGCAACUACUUUUACGCACCUUGCUGAGUCUGGCAAAGGACUAUGGCGCUGAGACCAAGCAACACACGCGCGUCGAAAACAUUAAUCCUUGUAAGGACGACAAGAGCACCUGGGAAGUAUCUACAACCCACCACGACACGGAGAAUGUUGUCUUCAAGGCGAAGAAGAUCAUCAUCACAUCAGGGGCUUACGUCAACCAUGUCCUGAAACCAAGCUUCGGUAUAUCCCUCGACCUUGAUAUCUGGGAGAUGGUCUUUAACUACUUCAAUGUCAACGCCGGACCUCGAGGCACAAUCUUUCCUAGCAUGUGGUUUCAAUUUGCCCCAGACAAGAAUGGAAGAUCUCAACUCUUCUACGGCUUUCCGACUUUACCCUGGGGCCCGCCCAACAUUGCUCGGAUCGCCGUUGACGCCGCUAGUUCCCGCAUCAGUGACCCCAGCGAACGAAGAACAAACGUUGUCAACCCUGAAGAUAUUCGCGACACGCAGGACUUCAUCAAAGAUCAUCUCGUUGGUGUGGACUCAACAGUGCCAGCUCUAACUUCUACUUGUCUGCAAACCAAUGUUUUUGACAAUAUGUUCGUAUUGGACUGUAUCCCGCAGGAGUAUCUUCAUGGCGGGCCCAAAGACAGCGUCAUGGUAUUCACGGCGGGUUGGGCGAUGAAGUUUGUACCAUUACUUGGCAGAGCCCUGGCAGAGAUGGCUCUUCGUGGCGGGUCUGAGUAUGCUCGCCAGGAAUUCUCGAUCACCCGCCGGGACAGUACAGGCAAGGGUAUCAUUGUGAAGGAAGAGGAAGUUGAGCGAAAUGCCCGGGUAUCGAGCUAUUUUGCUUCCAAUCAACUUGAACAGGUCUCGGGCUCAUCGCUUAGGAGACAUCAUUAG